AUUUUUUCUCUCCCUGCGUAAGAUGGCCGUGGUGACGUCACACGUCGCUGACGUCAUCGGCGUAACGGGGACGCCCGAGAGCGCGACAUGGCGGUGGCUGGUCGCUUCGUCUUCACCAGGGCGCUGUCCGUGGCAAGCGUUUGCCACAAGGAGGACAGCUGGCUGCGCUCGCUGCUGGUGCACAAAGUGGACCCACGCAAGGAUGCACACUCCAACCUGCUCGCCAAGAAGGAGUCCAGCAGCCUCUUCAAGCUGCAGUUUCAUAAUGUCAAGCCAGAAUGCUUGGAUGCGUACAACCAGCUUACCGAGGAAGCUCUGUCGGCCUUCAUCGAGUCUGGAAGCGAGUACCCAUGCGAGAUUGUGGGCAGCUGGAAUACUUGGUAUGGGGACCAGGACCAGGCUGUUCAUCUCUGGAGAUACAAAGGAGGCUACCCUGCCCUGACAGAGGCAAUGAACAUGCUGAGACAGAACAAGAAAUUCAUGGAGUUCAGGCGCGAGCGCAGCAAGAUGCUGAUCUCGCGCAAGAACCAGCUGCUGCUCGAGUUCAGCUUCUGGAAUGAGCCGGUGCCCCGUCCAGGCCCCAGCAUCUACGAGCUGCGCACAUACUCCCUGAAGCCUGGAACCAUGAUUGAAUGGGGAAACAACUGGGCACGUGCUAUCCGCUAUCGGCAGGAGAACAGCGAGGCUGUGGGAGGAUUUUUCUCCCAAAUCGGCGAGCUUUACAAUGUUCACCACCUCUGGGCUUACAGAGACUUGCAGUCACGUGAUGAGACGCGUGCUGCUGCUUGGCAGAAACCCGGCUGGGAGGAGUGCGUUUAUUACACAGUGCCUCUCAUUCGCUGGAUGGAGAGCCGGGUCAUGAUCCCUCUAAAGUUUUCUCCACUCCAGUGAUCAGUUGGAUUCUGAGCUGGCACAGGACCAAUCCUGUUCUGGGAUCAUUCGUACCAAAAUAUGUCCCCCAUUCCAUAACCCCUCCGUUCAGCUUUCUUGUAGAAGAUACGCACAACUUAAUCUCAGAUUUCAUUCGGGGCUUAAAACGAUUGCCGCCUUUUAGGGAGUUUUGUUUUGCACAGUGUUGUACAGUAAAAUGCCUGUGAUUGCUAAUUAAAUUGUCUUUAAUUAAAAUUGAGUAGCAUGAAGAAAAUGUUACGCGUUUACUUUGCAGUCUGUGGCGGUAUUGAUGUCAGUACUGAAAAGAAAGCACUAGUUUGAAUUUAGCGCAUUUUGCACGCAAGUUGUACGCGGCUGUCGUAAGCAAUGAUGUUGCCUGUGGUGUAAAACAUUGCUGCAGUAUUUGCGAUGAAAUAUUAAAAUAUGCAUUAAAAUCUC